CUAAGAGCAAGAGAGUAGAAAGAAGCGGGAGCUCGAAGUGUGUGUGUGUGUGUGUGUGUGUGUAUGCGCGCGCGACAUACGGUACGAUGGCAAGCUUCUCCCCGCACAGCGCCAAACAGCGCCGCAGCGGGUGUCUGCAGCGCACCAUGACGGGGGCGCGCUUCCUUCCGCUCGGCUUCAUCCUCUCGAUGCUCCUCUUUGCCUACCUUGUCCUCGUCGAUGUCCAUCUCCGCUACGGCAUGCUCCGGCGUGGUCGGUACAUCUCGUCGGCGAUCAACCUCGUCGUGGUCACGGGUCUCGAGGCGCUGACGCUGUGGGCGCUGCUCGUGGCCGUCUUCAAGAGCCCUGGCCAUCCUGCGGCGGGAUUCGAGGGCGAGGGCGGCCGCGCAUUUCGCGGUGUGGACGUGGACGAAGAAGAAGAGGAGGAGCAGCGGCGACAUGGCCUGGGAGGCAAGACGAAGAGGCACGAGAGCAGGUGGAUGAAGCGCGAACGAAAGAGAGAGUCGAGAGGCCUACCAUCGAGCUCCGACGACGACGAGGCUGGCGGCGAAGAAGCCGACGAAGAGCGGUACGAGGGGGAGGAGGAGGAGGAGGAAGGGGCAAAUGCAGACGAGGCACCCCUGCUCUCGUCUGCGGCCCAGAGGGGCAGCCGAGGAGGGCCGGCGUCGUUCCGGUACAACCACGCCAACACGUCCGUCUUUGGCGUCGAUGGCGGCCUCUCUGCGCUCAUUCCGGGAAAGCCCCAGGCGCCAUCGCGGACGGGCCGUGCGCAGCUCGACGAUGUGAUGCACGCCGUCGAGGAGGGACAAGACCAGGCACGGGGAGGUCGGGAUGAGGUGGAAGAGGGCAGCGGAUUGGCCUAUCUCGGUGGGUUGCAGGUGAAGAACACGGGGACAAGGCGAUGGUGCAAGCAGUGCAACGUCGAGAAGCCCGAUCGGGCGCACCACUGCAGCUCGUGCGGUGUAUGCGUGCUCAGGAUGGACCAUCACUGCCCCUUGUUGGCGAAUCGAUGCGUUGGGCUGCGCAAUCACAAGGCCUUUUUCCUCUUCUUGUGCUACACGGCUCUACUCUGCGUCUUUGCGUUCCAGGACAUGGCACGGACCAUUGUCCACUACGUCAACGAGGAGACCAAUGGCUUUGAGACGUCGCCCGUGACAUGGGCCAUCCUUCUCUUCAUUGGUUUUAUUUUUGGAAUGGCACUGUUUCCCUUUGCGGGCUACCACCUGUACCUCAUCCUCCGCAACCGCACCACGCUCGAGUCGAUGGAGGGCGCCGGACGAGUGAGGGUGCAGGCGCCGCCACCGAGCCCGCACUCAGCAGAUCGCGAAGAUGUGUCUGUUCGUCUGCGUCGCCUGGCGGGAGGCGAUGCUGCCGAGUCUGGCGGCGAGACGGCAGAGGCAGCAGAGGCAGCAGAGGCAGCAGCUGCAGCGCGGGUCGAAGCAUGGCGCCGCGACGAGCAGUUGACACGCGAGGAGCGUCGGGUGCUCAAGAAGGCCGGCAAGCUCAACAUCUACGACGUUGGCUGGCGAGGCAACUGGCACUACCUCAUGGGAAAAGACUGGAAGCUCUGGUUCGUCCCGAUCGGGGAGCCCGAGAGCGAUGGGUACAGCUAUCUGGUCAAUCGACCAACGCUCAGGGAGCUCGAAAAGGUCACGAGGGAGAUUAGGCAGCAGCAGGGGCAGAGGGCGGCAGGACUCAGUGCUGUAGCAGGGCUGCAGCAGUCGAUCGGUCUGGGUAGACGACCCCCAGCAGUCUCUUCUGUCAGAGGUCAGGCGAGGGUCUCAUCGUCAUCAUCAUCCUCGAUGGAUCCCAGUACAAAAGCAGCAAACAAGAACCAAGAUAGAAGAGAGAGCUCAACGUCCAAAAGCGCACAUGGUGUUAUCGAGUGGGGCGAGCGGCCCAAGAAAGACUUUUUGCUGUACGGCGUCGAGAGCGACGAGGAUGAGUACGGGAAUGAUCGGUAAUCUUCAUCAUCAUCAUCUGCAUUCAGACCUUUUGUUGGCCUUUGAUUUUUAGCCAAUGUCCCUUUAGAGUUUUGCCAAUCUCGCUCUCAGGACG